AGCAGCAAGUGUGUAAGGUAAUUCCAAUCCUGUUGUUGCGCGGUCUCUAAACCCCAAGUCCUAGUUUGUUGCAACCUUCUCUCUCCCCACCAUCAUCAUUUCGCGCAGCCCUCACUCCUCUUUGUUUUUCUUUUUGAUGAAUUUUGCAUUUUAAGUGGACUUACUUUCUUACUUAUCUAUUUCAUGUGGAAUGGCUGACGUAUGCUUGCGAUGAUUGAUGGACGAUGCUAUAGAAAAAGUAAGGACCCAACCAUGCCGGUCAAUCUCGCUUUCUGAAGAUGCCUCCACUUGUAUAUUUAGAUGAAUUCCUUGCGUACCCUGACAGACCUACACCGACAUAAGCAGUUGUUAGAUUGAAGCUCCAAGAUUAAAGUAGUAUUAAGCCAUCUUCAUGUACUUACCUUAUGCUCCGACUCUUGAUCCUGUUUUUGCUGUUUUAAAUGUAGUGUAUCAUACAUCUCAAGAGCAAAAUGACUUUGAUUUUUCGUUCACUUGUAUCUUGAUUGAUUGGCAUAGUCUUCCGUUAUCUGAUAGCGUGAUAAAGACCAUUAUAUAGACAUGGAGGAUUUCCUAUCGUUCCUGCGAAUCCGUUCGGUCUCCCAAGAGGGGCCAACAACAGGCGCAUACCGAGAAGCCGUGCAAUUUUUGCGCGCGCUUGUUGAGCGGAGAUUACGGCCGUUGCGCAGUGACCUCGAAAUCUAUGAGGAGGAAUUCGUGGCAAGCAAACCGGUGUUGCUCGUGCACAUUCCUUCUAGACAAGAUGCGACACAGCCAGUUGACCCGGACAGUACCCCAAAUUACACAGAUGCAAUCUUGCUAAAUAGCCACUAUGAUGUGGUUCCGGCCAUGCGAGAACACUGGUCGACGGAUCCAUUUGCGCCUGAAAUGCUUAAGGCGUGCCUCAAUCUCAAACCCUCGUUUUAAAUUUAAGAAGUACCUCGGAACUGUCGUUUCCAUAACAUAGGGAAAACAAGACAGAUGAAUUUUGAGAUGAAGAAGGAAAAGGAACCCUGUCUCUAAAAUUUGCAAGGAUCGGAUCUACGCGCGUGGAACACAAGAUAUGAAAUGCGUGUGCAUCCAGUAUGUGCUGGCCCUGGAGAGAGCAUUAUUAAGGACGACAAAGAAAUAUAUAGUAUCAACAGCUUUUAACUAUGUCCACUUUUGACAUAGCGCCGACUGCGAAGGUUCUUAACGUGGAUAUUCAUGACAAUGGGAGUGACUACUUAUAACUUACUUAGCGAACAAGAACAUUCUUCAGGUUGGACAACAAUGUUGAUGACGACACUCAUAAAAGAAGAAGUCAAUCCCACUUGAACUUCAACUUCAACUUAAUCCCUGUUGGUCAACAAUAUAUUCUGCUUUAUUCAUUGUUUCGCGAAUUCCUUAAAGUUAAAUUCCGUGGAUUUAGAUUUUUCACGCUCGUCUUCUAAUGUUCUCGAAGACUCCGUCGUUUCGGCGUCCGGUGUGGCUCUCGUUCGUGCCCGACGAGGAGAUUGGAGGGAAGGAUGGCAUGUGCGCCAUGCUAAACAGCGCGCUUUGGAGGGACCGACUUGAAGGUCGCGUCGCUUUGGCGCUGGACGAAGGGUUGGCGAACGAGAGUGAAAAAAAUUUCACAGUUUUCUUUGGUGAGCGCAACCCUUGGUGGAUCAUGGUCAGGGCCGAAGGACCCACAGGGCACGGGUCGCGCUUUAUUCAGGACACGGCAGUGUCAAAAAUCAUCAAAGUUGCAAAUAAAGCAUUGGAGUUUCGUCGCGCAGAGGAGGAGCGCUUAUUGUACCACAAAAACGCGACGGCCUUUAUUUAAGGCUUAUAAUGUUGAUAGUUCACCUUUUUUCGCCACGUUUUUUAUUUUCAAGAUUCUGAGGAAGGGAACAAAACCUGAAAAGAUGAACAGAGGAAAUGGGCUAGGCGUUGUAAGUUCUAAGUCUCGAAUUCCGGCGAAGCAGAGCAACCCGCAUGCGGCUGUAAGCACUCCUUAGCGAAGAAAUUGGGAGACGUCACGACCGUGAAUCUAACCGCACUACAAGUAAGGCUUACGAUAAUUCAGAUUUAUCUUCACAAGAGCUUGUAGUUUCCUCCAGGGCCUCAUCCUAAAGAAGUACUCUUCUAAAUACAAUGCAGGUGCAACUUCGCUGGAGACAUAGACAAUUAGCUCAGAGUUUGCAUUCUUUCACCUUGUGCGUUCUAAUACACGCGGGUGUCUUCAAUGAGACGACGAAGACCUACGCUCUUAAUGUCAUUCCAGUGGAGGCGACGGCUGGCUUCGACGUCCGGAUAUCACCGCUGUUCAAAGUGGCAGACUUUCGAGCCUUGUUUUAUGUACUUAAUGUGGAUGAUCAUGAUGUUGCCAUCGCUGUGAUAAGGAGUGUCUUGUUCGCAUGUUGACCCACUCCACUUGUAAUAGAUACAACUUCUAACAACUCCCAAGCCCCAGGAACUAGGUAACAGGGCUGGCAAUGAUGUUCUUAAAGGAGCCAUUUUGGUGAAUAAGCAGAUCAAAUUUAAAUAAUAAUACCUUUUUUAAUCUAGAUUGGCUUCUUCCCUUCAUAUAGGGUCGAGGUUUAGGUCCAGCGGCGCUCAAAGCACUAAAUAAAACAACCGGUUCGUUUUUACCUCUAGCGUGUAGCCCUUCCAACAAUAAUAAUGCCUUUUUUAAUAUGUAUCAUCAUGGAUGCCACCCAGCUUUCAUUUUCGAGAUUCGUGGGUCGCCGAAUUUAAUGGGUCAGUGACGUGGAGUUUCGCACCUGGCACCGUGCCAUCGGAGAAGCAUUUUUUGACGCCGGUGCGCAGUCGUCCAGAGUACUUCGUCUGUGACCCUGUGACAGACAUAUUGACAUUAAGAUUCGAUACAGAAUCGAUUUUUCCAUCCUUAGCAUGACCAUCCUUCUUGACUAUCUAUUUUACUCUUUUCACAUCAGGGCUUCACUGCUUGAAACUACAAGUGCAAAUGCUAGUGUAUAUACUAUUGCCUCUAGUUCUUCUAGAAUAACAACGAGCUAGAAGAACAAUGAAAAAAGUCGUGAAGAAGGUGAAUGAUACCAGCAAGGAUGCGACUGCCUGCGCUAGCAUUAAGUUGAGGAGAAAGUGGUGAACGAAAUGUCAAAUCUUCGACAGCAUGGUGGGACCUUUUUGCGGAAGCGAUGCAAGAAUUUGGCUACGGACUGGACGCUGAAGUAUUUCCAGCGGCAACGGACAGCCGGUUCUUGCGUUAAGCCUUACUCGAUACUAAUUUUCUUCAACAUGAUUAUUUUCUUGUCGCUGUAUCAGUUGUCCUAAUUUGAGUUGGGGUGUCAAGAACAAGCAUGAGGAAAGGAGUAUAUUGCCUUUACAUUAUUACAACUUCUCCUUUUUCGAGCAUAAUCAAAUUCUAAAAAUAGAGUACUGAGUCUUGAUUCAUUCUAGAUAAGUAGGUCUUGAGCAGCCAGCCAUCUAGUGAUGACUGGAAUCUUGAGCAGCCAGGUAUAAUCAUUAGGCUCGUUGAAUAACUGAAUCUUGACUAGUGAUUGAGGACGAGGUUGAGCCGCUCUAAUUUCGGCAGCUGAAGAUUCCAGCGUUUGGCUUCUCACCUAUGCGGAACUGCGCUAUCAUGCUGCAUGAGCACAACGAAUAUAUUCCAGUAGAAACGUUUUGGGAAGGGGUAGACGUCUACGAAAAAUUGCUGCCGCGGCUUUUCGCUUCCACCAUCUAAAAAGUAGUGCCACUCUUGGAAUCCGGCUUCGUUUAUGGUGGUUACGAGUGGCCAUAUCAGGACCACACACGCAACAUGACAACAUGACAACUUCCUCGCAAUACUAGAAGGAAGUAAAAAUAGCUGCAGUAGCCGCAGGGACAGGCAGGCAACUGUAGACGCUUUGGCUGUUGUGCAGUAGAACAAAAUGCAUAAGCGGCGCUUCUGGAAUGCGCCCAGCGGUUGGUGUGCAGAGGUUCUACUCCUCUGUCGUAUAACGUCUAGCUAUAGAGGGUUCACAUCGAACAAAAUAGCAGACUCAAUUGAUUCUGCUCUCCUUCUGAAGUGAGAUACCGCAAUCACGACUGCGAUCUCCAACAUCUUCCUCGGUUCGACUGUAUAAAAAACGGAUUUCAAACUUUCCUCAUAAUAUGCUUACUUACUCUUGCUCCCUCGGUGCACGUACGCCGCACUUCAGGAAACGAGUCGGAAGGCACAUCGUGC